AUGAUGAAGCUACGUAAUAUCAAUAUUAUUGUUAUCAUUCUUGUUGUUUUUCUUAACACUGCACCAACUUAUUAUUGUUCAAGCGUACCACCAGAAGCAAAAAUGACAGCGAUUGAAAUAAUACUUUAUCAUGGUUAUCCAGUACAAGUAUUUCACGCAUACACCGCUGAUGGUUAUAUUUUAGAUCUCCAUCGUAUUCCGUUUGGCAAGAAUGGUUACAAUAAUCGAAAAUAUCGUCCAGUAGUUUUUUUACAACAUGGCUUAUUGGGAUCAAGCGCUGAUUGGGUGGAAAAUUUUCCAAAUGAAUCAUUUGGUAUAUUUUCUGGCGGGAGUUUUGUUUAA